AUGCGAUUAUUUCUCGUUAUUUUUCUUAUAUUCGGUCGCUGCUCAACGAAUGAAAUCUCUCGUCGGGCCAUAUUUGACUGUAAUCGCAUAGAUGUCACCUUUUGCUGUACAUCAAGGGUACGAAGCCUUUGCGCUGAACAAUGCAAAGAUGUGCAAUGUGGUGGCCCUGAGACAGAAGUUGGAAAUGGAAAUACUUUCAGAGGCAAUGGUAGACAAGGUGAUUCCCAGCCAGAAUUCCAAAUUGAACGGAUGACGACUCCACCGCCUAUGGACCCGUCCGGUCAGUUCAUUCCGCCGUUUCGACCACAACCGAUGAUUCACGACGGCAGCGCUGAGCUUCUGCGACCAACUGAGACUACGCCACCACCGCCGACGAGUACGCCAUUUACACAGACCUCUCUCCAGGGAUUUCCUACACUGAUUCCGUUUGAACCAAAUAUUGAUGACAUUGAAGAUAGGAAAAUCAUCGACACGGAAUUCACUGAUCGCCCGUUCAUUCACUCUACAAUAGUCCAGACACGGCUACAUAGUGCAUGGUCGAAUGAGGGCGGCAAAAGUGAAGAGACUUCGUUCGAAUCAGCUGCCGAGCAAUCUUACCGCGCACCGCACACCGCAAGCGUCGCCGCGCUUCGAUGCAUCAUACGAGGAGACAACUGCAGAUCAAGAAGUUUUCGACUCACGAAACACUGGAUAAACAUUGGAGAGUACGAUGAAUACGAUCAGAAAGAGGCUAGGAUUGAGACUACAACGAUCCCAGUGCAAGCAGAGACCGCAAUUGUGUUCACACGAAAAGCUGCACAAUCUGCUGGAAUCGCCAUGCCAAAAAGUUUUAUCUCUGAGGAAGUCACUCCUUCUGGCGAAUCGCUUCUAUCAGGACAGACGAACAUAAAGUCGAAUGCUCAGUAUUACCAUAAACCACGGCCAAUGCAUGCUAUGGGAGGAAAGAAAGAA